AUGCUGAUGCUGUUUAUAGCCGCCGCACCCAACGAUUCCUCAUCUCAAUGCCCUCUCCCCAGAAUUCGAGGGUUGGAUGGCGCAGUCGAAGAUGGACCCCCCAACAACAAUGAAGAGCAGAAUUGUAAUCCCAGCAAUGUUAUACGCACAGAGGCAACAGAGGCUGCCCCUAGUGGAACAUGGUGUGUGGAAGAGGGAGACGACCUUGAACACGAAAACACUAGAAUAAAAAGACGAAGAGUGUCUGCCAGCUCUGUGCAUCCACUCACCGAGACAACAGAGACUUCACACACAAACCAGAUGACGUGGCAGGACCAGCUCCAGGCUGCAGCACAGACAUGUGAUGAUAUCGAACCACCUCACGAUUGUGCUGAGGAUCAGACAGUUGCUGAUCGACCUUUCUUGAGCGACAAUGGAAGUAGAAUUCAGUUAUCUCAAGCGACAUUGUCCGCAGAGGGUUGUAUCACAUCACAAAGGACGACUCCUGACGGUCGACAUUCUCCUAAUUCUUCUUCAAACCCAGCUGAAAUCGACCUCACAAAAUCCCCUGAUCGUCACCAUCGACCCCCUGAUAACACAAUGGACGACCCCUCAACCAAGGAGAGCGAACGCGGCUCUACUCAAAGGAACAAGAUGAUGCGAAGUGGUCACGGAAAGCUCAUCUUCUCGCCGAAGAAAUCGCCUAAGCGUGCGUCACGGAGUAUUACGACCGACACAGGUGGGGAGAGCGGUGACGCAAAAAAGACUGCCCGUCGAUCUAAGAAACUGGAAAUGAAGAAGGGAAAAUUGGUCUCCUCACUGCGCGUUACGUUGUCAUAUUCGGCCCCGGACUCCGGUUCUAAGAUCAACGACAUCUUGUCCCACAACUCUGAAAAGAGCCGCAUUCAAGGCCCGCAAGCUCAGGGAAAGCUAGCACCCCACCACCCUGUCGUGAGUAAGGCAACGCACCCAUUUUUUCUGGGAAGACUGUCAGGCAAUAGUCAAAAGCAGUCUGACCUCAAAAGCGAGACAUCCUCUGUUGCAAACCCCUCGGAAGACGAGACUACCUCAAGGUCGAAGGCACCAAAGCCUUGGAAAGACAUUAUCUUCGAAUCGAGGAGGACAGUUCACAACAAAAAUGCGCCGGUGCUCUUACCUGUUUGGCCUCCGACCAACAUCCAACACGUACUACCAAGUCAUGCUCCACGUGGUGCAGGCACGGUUUGGACUCUCUCUCUGUCGCGGCCCAAGUUCAAACAACAUUCUUUGCGUGUCAAUGCGGACGAAGACAUCCUUUGGAAUUUUUCAAGGCGCUUGAAGCAGAAUGUCAACGGUAGGCCCAUUCACAUACCUGAGCGAAAGAUCAUGGGUAGCAAAGAACUCGUUAGACUCACUGAAACGCUCUAUGGGAUCGACCACCAAUCAAAACAUCAAUCGGCCUCAAUUUCCCGGCUAGGAGCAGUGGUUGAAUCGACGCGCAGUUCUUUUGACAGGGGCAUGGCCGCGGGACCCCAGCUUUGGUGCCAUGAAUAUGCACCGAAUUGUUGGCAAGAGGUCUUAGAACCACAAGGAAAAGCUCUACAUGAUUGGCUGAGUAAUCUGAGAGUGCACCAAGUUCAGACUGGCAAAUUACAACCAAAGGCGAAACCUCUGACUCCCAAGAAGCGUCGCAAGAGGAAGUCGGAAGGGAUGGACGACUUCAUUGCAUAUUCAGACGACGAGGAUACCCGUUCGAUCGCGAAUGGAAAGAAUGCGAUCCUCCUCACAGGCCCUCCAGGCUCUGGAAAAACUGCUUCAGUUUUUGCCGUGGCACAACAACUUGGGUUCGAGGUAUUUGAGAUCCAUCCUGGUAUGCGACGAAGUGCAAAGGACAUCCAAGACAAGGUAGGGGAUAUGACACAAAACCACUUGGUUCAACACCAAGACACGUCCAGCCGAAGGUCAAGUUUGUCGUUGGAGGACAGUGACGCAGUCUUCUCCACCUCUAGGCCUUUGACGGACAGCCAGGAUUCCACAGCAGAUACUAUGGGUCGCAGAAAGGGUGGCAGACAGUCCAAAAUUGGCGAAGUAAAAGAGACCAAAGAAACUAAGUCCAAGUCGCAGAAACAAUCUCUCGUCUUGUUUGAAGAGGUCGACAUUCUGUAUGAAGAAGAUAAAGCCUUUUGGAGUGGCGUUCAAUCACUUAUCCGGACCUCCAAGCGACCUGUCAUCCUCACAUGCAACAGUGUCGAUUCCGUGCCCAUGGCCGAAUUAGACCUCUUUGCCGUUUUGCGAUAUGACAUUCCCCAACAGGAUUUGGCUGUACAGCUUCUGGGAUCAAUAUGUGCGGCUGAAGGACAUCUUCUGAGCAAAGAAGUCUUGCAGAACCUCUAUCUUACCAAAGGUCAAGAUCUCCGUGCGUCAAUCAUGGAACUCAAUCUCUGGUGCCAAAUGACGGUCGGAUCUCAACAGGGAGGUCUGGAUUGGAUGCUUCCUUUUAACGGCGAGUCCCAAGUCAUGUCAGAUGGCUCAGUCACACGAAUUGUCAGUCAAGACACUGUCACCAACGGGCUUGAUCUCUUGCCAGCCGAAUUUGACGACGUUGAAGAUCUCAUUCGUUUUUCCCAGGACAAUCUGGAUAUUCCGGCACAGGACUGGGUUCGGGACGAUACGUGCUCAAUCAGCACCGAGGCGAACCAUGGCUCAGCGCUGGAGGACUUGCUCACCCUCUAUGAGGCGAGAAGCGCAAUGGAUCUGGUCGAUGACACAAUAACACCCGUGAUAGCAAGCACAUUAUGGAAAUGCUCCAAUCCAGCUGCUGCCGCUGUGAGCGACCACACAUUCCACAGGAACGAAGUCGUCCGCCUGUACCUCGGUAAUCUGAACGAAUCAACGACCCUUCAAUCAUCAAUGUGCGCAGCGUUCGAACCUCUUUUGGAAGAAUCCCGUAUCGGCCUCCCCAGCUCGCCCGGGCGUAGAGCACCCUCCCUGGAUAAUCCAUCCGCCAUCUCACUUGUGACAGAAGUCGCUCCCUACAUCCGCUACAUCGUGUCUCACGAUCAACGACUUGAGCAGGUUCGAAACGAACUGCACGGGUCAAGUCAGCAAGGGAUAAAGAGACAGCGGCGUACAAGAGCAGCAAGGGCAGCCUUGGAAGGCGGGAACAAGAAAACAGUAAGAAGAGAUAAGUGGUUCCCCGAAGAGUUGGACUGGGCUGCAGUGAUGAGGACAGGAAACGAGUGGCCUCAAGCCAGAGAGGCGGACACAUGGGACAGUUCUCCUGCUCAAACACCUAGUUCGUCAGCGGGAAUGGAAGCGGGAGCCGAAGCCGACGAACCUGCAUUGUUCAAUCCCUGA